CUUCAUCUUCAUCUUCAUCUUCAUCUUCACGCGCUUUGUCUCUAUCCUCUCUCUCUCACUCUCAGCUUCAUCUUCAUCUUGCUUCGAUCUCUCAUCUUCCCUUCGAAUCGGCCAGGCAUGAGCGUCGUCACCUGAAGAAUCACCGAAUCGGAGCCUCGAUCCGCGCAGAUCGCCGCCCUCGUUCGAGCCUGUUCCUCCUCCUCCUCCUCCUCCUCGCCCAGCCGCCGUAGGCUCGUGUCGAUACGCCGCCGGCCACCGUGGCGACGCCCUGAGGCCCCGGCGCUCCGUUGUUAGGGCCUCGUGAGCCGGGGGGUUUUCGAAGAGCAUUUCACCAUGCCUUCGGUGCCCUGCGAUCACCUCCUGAUCCCUUCCCUGACCUACUUCCACGGUGGCUUGUGCCCGCACCGCCUGAAACACCUCGAGAAAGGCGAUCGGCGUGGUAAUCUUAGUUAACAUUAGGCUCUCCAUCGUUACCGUCGGCGUUCUCUCUUCGCAGCUGCGUUUAGGUUUUUCUUUUGCCUAGCUCUCUCUUCUGUUUGUUGUGCGACGUAAAAGUUCUUGGCCAUUGACGGACUUGUACCGAGCUGUGCGAGUUGCUGAGGUUUUGUAACCGUUUCGACUGCCCUUUGCCGCCGUCUUGUAAGAUACUCACAUCGAUGGACGGAUGCUGUUCGACUUUUGGGACCAACUCUUUAGCCUGUGAAAACUUGAUGAGUGAACUUGGCAAUACUCUGGGUAAUGUUUUACAUGUUGAAGAUGGUGAAGUUGUAGUUGGUACUUUGAAAGCAGAGAAAUCACAUGGAAGUUGUGGGCUUAAGGCUAAGUCACAUGAGAAGUGUCUCAAUAGAUGUGCAACUUUUCCAUUACCUGGAGAGAAGUUAUCUCCACAUUUGUUCCCUGAUGAAGAGGAUUAUGAGCCAGAAUCGGCUUUGCAAGAACUUUUCUCGGAGGAGCACAUUAACAAUGUCUAUUCACGUUCAAUUUCCUUUCCUACCUCUUUGAAGCUUGUAUCUGCCAUGAAAGGUACUCGUGAGAAACAAGGUGCUUCUCCUAGGAAGCUUACAGUGAGAUGGGCUCCAGAUGUCUAUGAUCCACUACCAACAUCAGUUUCUCACUUCCUCAAUAGGGGCACAAAGCAACAGAAGGUGCCCAAGAAGGAUAAGAGAAAUGGAAAGAGAGGCCAGAAGGGGAAAGACUUCUCACGAGGAGCAUCUGGCAAGGACUCUUCCAAGAGGGACAAGAAAAAGAAGCAAUCUCGCCGACCAUCUGGGAGUUCCGAUAGAUGUUUUAACAAGCUGGACGAUAAUGAUCGCUGUCUCAGCAUUGCAGAUGAUGUGCGCCAAUUUGAUAUUGGAAAUCCUGUCCCGGACUCCUCCUGUGGGAGCAGCUUCUUCAAGAACUCCCUGGCUCAGGUGCACUACUCUGCUGCAAAGGCAUUGUGAGAUGAUCUCUUUAGUUGAUGAUCUGAACUCUUCAGAGGUGAUGUAUAUAAAUAAUAUUAACAAGUGGUUUUGUUUGACGACUAUUUUAAGACCGUCUGAGUUACUCAUAUUUGGACAACAGUUGUGUUGAUGUUUUGGGACACCUAGUGCGAAUGUUUUGUCAAACCACGGUAUUAGCUAUGUUGUUUA